AUGGUUACCUGGCACGCUGGCCACAUUCUACCUCACUCUUAUCAGAGUCUGAGGUACUGGCAGUGCUUUCAGCUCUGUGUUCAGGCACCUCGAACCUUGUUUUUGCGGUGAAGGAUCCUAAAGUGUUGUGGGGAGUGAUCACAUUUUUCACAAGAUCCCUGGCCCCACCUCUUCUGCCACAAACGUCAGCAUGGUGGUAUCAGCCGGCCCUUUGUCCAGCCAGUAGGCAGAGAUGAACAUUCUAGAAAUCAACGAGAAAUUGCGCCCCCAGCUGGCAGAGAAGAAACAGCAGUUCAGAAGCCUCCAAGAGAAAUGUUUUGUAACUGAACUGGCCGGCUUCCUGGCCAACGGACAGAAGAAAUACAAAUAUGAAGAGUGCGAAGACCUCAUAAAAUCUAUGCUGAGGAAUGAGCGACGACAGUUCAAGGAGGAGAAGCUUGCGGAGCAGCUCAAGCAAGCUGAGGAGCUCAGGCAAUAUAAAGUCCUGGCUCACUCUCAGGAACGAGAGCUGACCCAGUUAAAGGAGAAGUUACGGGAAGGGAGAGAUGCCGCCCGCUCAUUGAAUGAGCAUCUCCAGGCCCUCCUCACUCCGGAUGAGCCGGACAAGUCCCAGGGGCAGGACCUCCAAGAACAGCUGGCUGAGGGGUGUAGACUGGCACAGCAACUUGUCCAAAAGCUCAGCCCAGAAAAUGACGAAGAUGAGGAUGAAGAUGUUCAAGUUGAGGAGGCUGAGAAAGUGCAGAAAUCAUCUCCCCCCAGGGAGGUGCAGAAGGCUGAAGAGAGCAAAGUCCCUGAGGACUCACUGGAGGAAUGUGCCAUCACUUGUUCAAAUAGCCACGGCCCUUGUGACUCCAACCAGCCUCACAAGAACAUCAAAAUCACAUUUGAGGAAGACGAAGUCAACUCACCUCUGGUUGUAGACAGAGAAUCCUCUCAUGGUGAAUGUCAGGAUGCUCUAAACAUUCUCCCAGAAUAUGAAGAGUGCGAAGACCUCAUAAAAUCUAUGCUGAGGAAUGAGCGACGACAGUUCAAGGAGGAGAAGCUUGCGGAGCAGCUCAAGCAAGCUGAGGAGCUCAGGCAAUAUAAAGUCCUGGCUCACUCUCAGGAACGAGAGCUGACCCAGUUAAAGGAGAAGUUACGGGAAGGGAGAGAUGCCGCCCGCUCAUUGAAUGAGCAUCUCCAGGCCCUCCUCACUCCGGAUGAGCCGGACAAGUCCCAGGGGCAGGACCUCCAAGAACAGCUGGCUGAGGGGUGUAGACUGGCACAGCAACUUGUCCAAAAGCUCAGCCCAGAAAAUGACGAAGAUGAGGAUGAAGAUGUUCAAGUUGAGGAGGCUGAGAAAGUGCAGAAAUCAUCUCCCCCCAGGGAGGUGCAGAAGGCUGAAGAGAGCAAAGUCCCUGAGGACUCACUGGAGGAAUGUGCCAUCACUUGUUCAAAUAGCCACGGCCCUUGUGACUCCAACCAGCCUCACAAGAACAUCAAAAUCACAUUUGAGGAAGACGAAGUCAACUCACCUCUGGUUGUAGACAGAGAAUCCUCUCAUGGUGAAUGUCAGGAUGCUCUAAACAUUCUCCCAGAAUAUGAAGAGUGCGAAGACCUCAUAAAAUCUAUGCUGAGGAAUGAGCGACGACAGUUCAAGGAGGAGAAGCUUGCGGAGCAGCUCAAGCAAGCUGAGGAGCUCAGGCAAUAUAAAGUCCUGGCUCACUCUCAGGAACGAGAGCUGACCCAGUUAAAGGAGAAGUUACGGGAAGGGAGAGAUGCCGCCCGCUCAUUGAAUGAGCAUCUCCAGGCCCUCCUCACUCCGGAUGAGCCGGACAAGUCCCAGGGGCAGGACCUCCAAGAACAGCUGGCUGAGGGGUGUAGACUGGCACAGCAACUUGUCCAAAAGCUCAGCCCAGAAAAUGACGAAGAUGAGGAUGAAGAUGUUCAAGUUGAGGAGGCUGAGAAAGUGCAGAAAUCAUCUCCCCCCAGGGAGGUGCAGAAGGCUGAAGAGAGCAAAGUCCCUGAGGACUCACUGGAGGAAUGUGCCAUCACUUGUUCAAAUAGCCACGGCCCUUGUGACUCCAACCAGCCUCACAAGAACAUCAAAAUCACAUUUGAGGAAGACGAAGUCAACUCACCUCUGGUUGUAGACAGAGAAUCCUCUCAUGGUGAAUGUCAGGAUGCUCUAAACAUUCUCCCAGAAUAUGAAGAGUGCGAAGACCUCAUAAAAUCUAUGCUGAGGAAUGAGCGACGACAGUUCAAGGAGGAGAAGCUUGCGGAGCAGCUCAAGCAAGCUGAGGAGCUCAGGCAAUAUAAAGUCCUGGCUCACUCUCAGGAACGAGAGCUGACCCAGUUAAAGGAGAAGUUACGGGAAGGGAGAGAUGCCGCCCGCUCAUUGAAUGAGCAUCUCCAGGCCCUCCUCAUUCCGGAUGAGCCGGACAAGUCCCAGGGGCAGGACCUCCAAGAACAGCUGGCUGAGGGGUGUAGACUGGCACAGCAACUUGUCCAAAAGCUCAGCCCAGAAAAUGACGAAGAUGAGGAUGAAGAUGUUCAAGUUGAGGAGGCUGAGAAAGUGCAGAAAUCAUCUCCCCCCAGGGAGGUGCAGAAGGCUGAAGAGAGCAAAGUCCCUGAGGACUCACUGGAGGAAUGUGCCAUCACUUGUUCAAAUAGCCACGGCCCUUGUGACUCCAACCAGCCUCACAAGAACAUCAAAAUCACAUUUGAGGAAGACGAAGUCAACUCACCUCUGGUUGUAGACAGAGAAUCCUCUCAUGGUGAAUGUCAGGAUGCUCUAAACAUUCUCCCAGAAUAUGAAGAGUGCGAAGACCUCAUAAAAUCUAUGCUGAGGAAUGAGCGACGACAGUUCAAGGAGGAGAAGCUUGCGGAGCAGCUCAAGCAAGCUGAGGAGCUCAGGCAAUAUAAAGUCCUGGCUCACUCUCAGGAACGAGAGCUGACCCAGUUAAAGGAGAAGUUACGGGAAGGGAGAGAUGCCGCCCGCUCAUUGAAUGAGCAUCUCCAGGCCCUCCUCACUCCGGAUGAGCCGGACAAGUCCCAGGGGCAGGACCUCCAAGAACAGCUGGCUGAGGGGUGUAGACUGGCACAGCAACUUGUCCAAAAGCUCAGCCCAGAAAAUGACGAAGAUGAGGAUGAAGAUGUUCAAGUUGAGGAGGCUGAGAAAGUGCAGAAAUCAUCUCCCCCCAGGGAGGUGCAGAAGGCUGAAGAGAGCAAAGUCCCUGAGGACUCACUGGAGGAAUGUGCCAUCACUUGUUCAAAUAGCCACGGCCCUUGUGACUCCAACCAGCCUCACAAGAACAUCAAAAUCACAUUUGAGGAAGACGAAGUCAACUCACCUCUGGUUGUAGACAGAGAAUCCUCUCAUGGUGAAUGUCAGGAUGCUCUAAACAUUCUCCCAGAAUAUGAAGAGUGCGAAGACCUCAUAAAAUCUAUGCUGAGGAAUGAGCGACGACAGUUCAAGGAGGAGAAGCUUGCGGAGCAGCUCAAGCAAGCUGAGGAGCUCAGGCAAUAUAAAGUCCUGGCUCACUCUCAGGAACGAGAGCUGACCCAGUUAAAGGAGAAGUUACGGGAAGGGAGAGAUGCCGCCCGCUCAUUGAAUGAGCAUCUCCAGGCCCUCCUCACUCCGGAUGAGCCGGACAAGUCCCAGGGGCAGGACCUCCAAGAACAGCUGGCUGAGGGGUGUAGACUGGCACAGCAACUUGUCCAAAAGCUCAGCCCAGAAAAUGACGAAGAUGAGGAUGAAGAUGUUCAAGUUGAGGAGGCUGAGAAAGUGCAGAAAUCAUCUCCCCCCAGGGAGGUGCAGAAGGCUGAAGAGAGCAAAGUCCCUGAGGACUCACUGGAGGAAUGUGCCAUCACUUGUUCAAAUAGCCACGGCCCUUGUGACUCCAACCAGCCUCACAAGAACAUCAAAAUCACAUUUGAGGAAGACGAAGUCAACUCACCUCUGGUUGUAGACAGAGAAUCCUCUCAUGGUGAAUGUCAGGAUGCUCUAAACAUUCUCCCAGAAUAUGAAGAGUGCGAAGACCUCAUAAAAUCUAUGCUGAGGAAUGAGCGACGACAGUUCAAGGAGGAGAAGCUUGCGGAGCAGCUCAAGCAAGCUGAGGAGCUCAGGCAAUAUAAAGUCCUGGCUCACUCUCAGGAACGAGAGCUGACCCAGUUAAAGGAGAAGUUACGGGAAGGGAGAGAUGCCGCCCGCUCAUUGAAUGAGCAUCUCCAGGCCCUCCUCAUUCCGGAUGAGCCGGACAAGUCCCAGGGGCAGGACCUCCAAGAACAGCUGGCUGAGGGGUGUAGACUGGCACAGCAACUUGUCCAAAAGCUCAGCCCAGAAAAUGACGAAGAUGAGGAUGAAGAUGUUCAAGUUGAGGAGGCUGAGAAAGUGCAGAAAUCAUCUCCCCCCAGGGAGGUGCAGAAGGCUGAAGAGAGCAAAGUCCCUGAGGACUCACUGGAGGAAUGUGCCAUCACUUGUUCAAAUAGCCACGGCCCUUGUGACUCCAACCAGCCUCACAAGAACAUCAAAAUCACAUUUGAGGAAGACGAAGUCAACUCACCUCUGGUUGUAGACAGAGAAUCCUCUCAUGGUGAAUGUCAGGAUGCUCUAAACAUUCUCCCAGAAUAUGAAGAGUGCGAAGACCUCAUAAAAUCUAUGCUGAGGAAUGAGCGACGACAGUUCAAGGAGGAGAAGCUUGCGGAGCAGCUCAAGCAAGCUGAGGAGCUCAGGCAAUAUAAAGUCCUGGCUCACUCUCAGGAACGAGAGCUGACCCAGUUAAAGGAGAAGUUACGGGAAGGGAGAGAUGCCGCCCGCUCAUUGAAUGAGCAUCUCCAGGCCCUCCUCAUUCCGGAUGAGCCGGACAAGUCCCAGGGGCAGGACCUCCAAGAACAGCUGGCUGAGGGGUGUAGACUGGCACAGCAACUUGUCCAAAAGCUCAGCCCAGAAAAUGACGAAGAUGAGGAUGAAGAUGUUCAAGUUGAGGAGGCUGAGAAAGUGCAGAAAUCAUCUCCCCCCAGGGAGGUGCAGAAGGCUGAAGAGAGCAAAGUCCCUGAGGACUCACUGGAGGAAUGUGCCAUCACUUGUUCAAAUAGCCACGGCCCUUGUGACUCCAACCAGCCUCACAAGAACAUCAAAAUCACAUUUGAGGAAGACGAAGUCAACUCACCUCUGGUUGUAGACAGAGAAUCCUCUCAUGGUGAAUGUCAGGAUGCUCUAAACAUUCUCCCAGAAUAUGAAGAGUGCGAAGACCUCAUAAAAUCUAUGCUGAGGAAUGAGCGACGACAGUUCAAGGAGGAGAAGCUUGCGGAGCAGCUCAAGCAAGCUGAGGAGCUCAGGCAAUAUAAAGUCCUGGCUCACUCUCAGGAACGAGAGCUGACCCAGUUAAAGGAGAAGUUACGGGAAGGGAGAGAUGCCGCCCGCUCAUUGAAUGAGCAUGUCCAGGCCCUCCUCACUCCGGAUGAGCCGGACAAGUCCCAGGGGCAGGACCUCCAAGAACAGCUGGCUGAGGGGUGUAGACUGGCACAGCAACUUGUCCAAAAGCUCAGCCCAGAAAAUGACGAAGAUGAGGAUGAAGAUGUUCAAGUUGAGGAGGCUGAGAAAGUGCAGAAAUCAUCUCCCCCCAGGGAGGUGCAGAAGGCUGAAGAGAGCAAAGUCCCUGAGGACUCACUGGAGGAAUGUGCCAUCACUUGUUCAAAUAGCCACGGCCCUUGUGACUCCAACCAGCCUCACAAGAACAUCAAAAUCACAUUUGAGGAAGACGAAGUCAACUCACCUCUGGUUGUAGACAGAGAAUCCUCUCAUGGUGAAUGUCAGGAUGCUCUAAACAUUCUCCCAGAAUAUGAAGAGUGCGAAGACCUCAUAAAAUCUAUGCUGAGGAAUGAGCGACGACAGUUCAAGGAGGAGAAGCUUGCGGAGCAGCUCAAGCAAGCUGAGGAGCUCAGGCAAUAUAAAGUCCUGGCUCACUCUCAGGAACGAGAGCUGACCCAGUUAAAGGAGAAGUUACGGGAAGGGAGAGAUGCCGCCCGCUCAUUGAAUGAGCAUGUCCAGGCCCUCCUCACUCCGGAUGAGCCGGACAAGUCCCAGGGGCAGGACCUCCAAGAACAGCUGGCUGAGGGGUGUAGACUGGCACAGCAACUUGUCCAAAAGCUCAGCCCAGAAAAUGACGAAGAUGAGGAUGAAGAUGUUCAAGUUGAGGAGGCUGAGAAAGUGCAGAAAUCAUCUCCCCCCAGGGAGGUGCAGAAGGCUGAAGAGAGCAAAGUCCCUGAGGACUCACUGGAGGAAUGUGCCAUCACUUGUUCAAAUAGCCACGGCCCUUGUGACUCCAACCAGCCUCACAAGAACAUCAAAAUCACAUUUGAGGAAGACGAAGUCAACUCACCUCUGGUUGUAGACAGAGAAUCCUCUCAUGGUGAAUGUCAGGAUGCUCUAAACAUUCUCCCAGAAUAUGAAGAGUGCGAAGACCUCAUAAAAUCUAUGCUGAGGAAUGAGCGACGACAGUUCAAGGAGGAGAAGCUUGCGGAGCAGCUCAAGCAAGCUGAGGAGCUCAGGCAAUAUAAAGUCCUGGCUCACUCUCAGGAACGAGAGCUGACCCAGUUAAAGGAGAAGUUACGGGAAGGGAGAGAUGCCGCCCGCUCAUUGAAUGAGCAUGUCCAGGCCCUCCUCACUCCGGAUGAGCCGGACAAGUCCCAGGGGCAGGACCUCCAAGAACAGCUGGCUGAGGGGUGUAGACUGGCACAGCAACUUGUCCAAAAGCUCAGCCCAGAAAAUGACGAAGAUGAGGAUGAAGAUGUUCAAGUUGAGGAGGCUGAGAAAGUGCAGAAAUCAUCUCCCCCCAGGGAGGUGCAGAAGGCUGAAGAGAGCAAAGUCCCUGAGGACUCACUGGAGGAAUGUGCCAUCACUUGUUCAAAUAGCCACGGCCCUUGUGACUCCAACCAGCCUCACAAGAACAUCAAAAUCACAUUUGAGGAAGACGAAGUCAACUCACCUCUGGUUGUAGACAGAGAAUCCUCUCAUGGUGAAUGUCAGGAUGCUCUAAACAUUCUCCCAGAAUAUGAAGAGUGCGAAGACCUCAUAAAAUCUAUGCUGAGGAAUGAGCGACGACAGUUCAAGGAGGAGAAGCUUGCGGAGCAGCUCAAGCAAGCUGAGGAGCUCAGGCAAUAUAAAGUCCUGGCUCACUCUCAGGAACGAGAGCUGACCCAGUUAAAGGAGAAGUUACGGGAAGGGAGAGAUGCCGCCCGCUCAUUGAAUGAGCAUCUCCAGGCCCUCCUCAUUCCGGAUGAGCCGGACAAGUCCCAGGGGCAGGACCUCCAAGAACAGCUGGCUGAGGGGUGUAGACUGGCACAGCAACUUGUCCAAAAGCUCAGCCCAGAAAAUGACGAAGAUGAGGAUGAAGAUGUUCAAGUUGAGGAGGCUGAGAAAGUGCAGAAAUCAUCUCCCCCCAGGGAGGUGCAGAAGGCUGAAGAGAGCAAAGUCCCUGAGGACUCACUGGAGGAAUGUGCCAUCACUUGUUCAAAUAGCCACGGCCCUUGUGACUCCAACCAGCCUCACAAGAACAUCAAAAUCACAUUUGAGGAAGACGAAGUCAACUCACCUCUGGUUGUAGACAGAGAAUCCUCUCAUGGUGAAUGUCAGGAUGCUCUAAACAUUCUCCCAGAAUAUGAAGAGUGCGAAGACCUCAUAAAAUCUAUGCUGAGGAAUGAGCGACGACAGUUCAAGGAGGAGAAGCUUGCGGAGCAGCUCAAGCAAGCUGAGGAGCUCAGGCAAUAUAAAGUCCUGGCUCACUCUCAGGAACGAGAGCUGACCCAGUUAAAGGAGAAGUUACGGGAAGGGAGAGAUGCCGCCCGCUCAUUGAAUGAGCAUCUCCAGGCCCUCCUCAUUCCGGAUGAGCCGGACAAGUCCCAGGGGCAGGACCUCCAAGAACAGCUGGCUGAGGGGUGUAGACUGGCACAGCAACUUGUCCAAAAGCUCAGCCCAGAAAAUGACGAAGAUGAGGAUGAAGAUGUUCAAGUUGAGGAGGCUGAGAAAGUGCAGAAAUCAUCUCCCCCCAGGGAGGUGCAGAAGGCUGAAGAGAGCAAAGUCCCUGAGGACUCACUGGAGGAAUGUGCCAUCACUUGUUCAAAUAGCCACGGCCCUUGUGACUCCAACCAGCCUCACAAGAACAUCAAAAUCACAUUUGAGGAAGACGAAGUCAACUCACCUCUGGUUGUAGACAGAGAAUCCUCUCAUGGUGAAUGUCAGGAUGCUCUAAACAUUCUCCCAGAAUAUGAAGAGUGCGAAGACCUCAUAAAAUCUAUGCUGAGGAAUGAGCGACGACAGUUCAAGGAGGAGAAGCUUGCGGAGCAGCUCAAGCAAGCUGAGGAGCUCAGGCAAUAUAAAGUCCUGGCUCACUCUCAGGAACGAGAGCUGACCCAGUUAAAGGAGAAGUUACGGGAAGGGAGAGAUACCGCCCGCUCAUUGAAUGAGCAUCUCCAGGCCCUCCUCAUUCCGGAUGAGCCGGACAAGUCCCAGGGGCAGGACCUCCAAGAACAGCUGGCUGAGGGGUGUAGACUGGCACAGCAACUUGUCCAAAAGCUCAGCCCAGAAAAUGACGAAGAUGAGGAUGAAGAUGUUCAAGUUGAGGAGGCUGAGAAAGUGCAGAAAUCAUCUCCCCCCAGGGAGGUGCAGAAGGCUGAAGAGAGCAAAGUCCCUGAGGACUCACUGGAGGAAUGUGCCAUCACUUGUUCAAAUAGCCACGGCCCUUGUGACUCCAACCAGCCUCACAAGAACAUCAAAAUCACAUUUGAGGAAGACGAAGUCAACUCACCUCUGGUUGUAGACAGAGAAUCCUCUCAUGGUGAAUGUCAGGAUGCUCUAAACAUUCUCCCAGAAUAUGAAGAGUGCGAAGACCUCAUAAAAUCUAUGCUGAGGAAUGAGCGACGACAGUUCAAGGAGGAGAAGCUUGCGGAGCAGCUCAAGCAAGCUGAGGAGCUCAGGCAAUAUAAAGUCCUGGCUCACUCUCAGGAACGAGAGCUGACCCAGUUAAAGGAGAAGUUACGGGAAGGGAGAGAUGCCGCCCGCUCAUUGAAUGAGCAUGUCCAGGCCCUCCUCACUCCGGAUGAGCCGGACAAGUCCCAGGGGCAGGACCUCCAAGAACAGCUGGCUGAGGGGUGUAGACUGGCACAGCAACUUGUCCAAAAGCUCAGCCCAGAAAAUGACGAAGAUGAGGAUGAAGAUGUUCAAGUUGAGGAGGCUGAGAAAGUGCAGAAAUCAUCUCCCCCCAGGGAGGUGCAGAAGGCUGAAGAGAGCAAAGUCCCUGAGGACUCACUGGAGGAAUGUGCCAUCACUUGUUCAAAUAGCCACGGCCCUUGUGACUCCAACCAGCCUCACAAGAACAUCAAAAUCACAUUUGAGGAAGACGAAGUCAACUCACCUCUGGUUGUAGACAGAGAAUCCUCUCAUGGUGAAUGUCAGGAUGCUCUAAACAUUCUCCCAGAAUAUGAAGAGUGCGAAGACCUCAUAAAAUCUAUGCUGAGGAAUGAGCGACGACAGUUCAAGGAGGAGAAGCUUGCGGAGCAGCUCAAGCAAGCUGAGGAGCUCAGGCAAUAUAAAGUCCUGGCUCACUCUCAGGAACGAGAGCUGACCCAGUUAAAGGAGAAGUUACGGGAAGGGAGAGAUGCCGCCCGCUCAUUGAAUGAGCAUGUCCAGGCCCUCCUCACUCCGGAUGAGCCGGACAAGUCCCAGGGGCAGGACCUCCAAGAACAGCUGGCUGAGGGGUGUAGACUGGCACAGCAACUUGUCCAAAAGCUCAGCCCAGAAAAUGACGAAGAUGAGGAUGAAGAUGUUCAAGUUGAGGAGGCUGAGAAAGUGCAGAAAUCAUCUCCCCCCAGGGAGGUGCAGAAGGCUGAAGAGAGCAAAGUCCCUGAGGACUCACUGGAGGAAUGUGCCAUCACUUGUUCAAAUAGCCACGGCCCUUGUGACUCCAACCAGCCUCACAAGAACAUCAAAAUCACAUUUGAGGAAGACGAAGUCAACUCACCUCUGGUUGUAGACAGAGAAUCCUCUCAUGGUGAAUGUCAGGAUGCUCUAAACAUUCUCCCAGAAUAUGAAGAGUGCGAAGACCUCAUAAAAUCUAUGCUGAGGAAUGAGCGACGACAGUUCAAGGAGGAGAAGCUUGCGGAGCAGCUCAAGCAAGCUGAGGAGCUCAGGCAAUAUAAAGUCCUGGCUCACUCUCAGGAACGAGAGCUGACCCAGUUAAAGGAGAAGUUACGGGAAGGGAGAGAUACCGCCCGCUCAUUGAAUGAGCAUCUCCAGGCCCUCCUCAUUCCGGAUGAGCCGGACAAGUCCCAGGGGCAGGACCUCCAAGAACAGCUGGCUGAGGGGUGUAGACUGGCACAGCAACUUGUCCAAAAGCUCAGCCCAGAAAAUGACGAAGAUGAGGAUGAAGAUGUUCAAGUUGAGGAGGCUGAGAAAGUGCAGAAAUCAUCUCCCCCCAGGGAGGUGCAGAAGGCUGAAGAGAGCAAAGUCCCUGAGGACUCACUGGAGGAAUGUGCCAUCACUUGUUCAAAUAGCCACGGCCCUUGUGACUCCAACCAGCCUCACAAGAACAUCAAAAUCACAUUUGAGGAAGACGAAGUCAACUCACCUCUGGUUGUAGACAGAGAAUCCUCUCAUGGUGAAUGUCAGGAUGCUCUAAACAUUCUCCCAGAAUAUGAAGAGUGCGAAGACCUCAUAAAAUCUAUGCUGAGGAAUGAGCGACGACAGUUCAAGGAGGAGAAGCUUGCGGAGCAGCUCAAGCAAGCUGAGGAGCUCAGGCAAUAUAAAGUCCUGGCUCACUCUCAGGAACGAGAGCUGACCCAGUUAAAGGAGAAGUUAUGGGAAGGGAGAGAUGCCGCCCGCUCAUUGAAUGAGCAUGUCCAGGCCCUCCUCACUCCGGAUGAGCCGGACAAGUCCCAGGGGCAGGACCUCCAAGAACAGCUGGCUGAGGGGUGUAGACUGGCACAGCAACUUGUCCAAAAGCUCAGCCCAGAAAAUGACGAAGAUGAGGAUGAAGAUGUUCAAGUUGAGGAGGCUGAGAAAGUGCAGAAAUCAUCUCCCCCCAGGGAGAUGCAGAAGGCUGAAGAAAAGGAAGUCCCUGAGGACUCACUGGAGGAAUGUGCCAUCACUUGUUCAAAUAGCCACGGCCCUUAUGACUCCAACCAGCCACAUAGGAAAACCAAAUUCACAUUUGAGGAAGACAAAGUCGACUCAACUCUCAUUGGCUCAUCCUCUCAUGUUGAAUGGGAGGAUGCUGUACACAUUAUUCCAGAAAAUGAAAGUGAUGAUGAGGAAGAGGAAGAAAAAGGGCCAGUGUCUCCCAGGCUCAGCAGGGAGCUGCUGGAUGAGAAAGGGCCUGAAGUCUUGCAGGACUCACUGGAUAGAUGUUAUUCAACUCCUUCCAGUUGUCUUGAACAGCCUGACUCCUGCCAGGCCUAUGGAAGUUCGUUUUAUGCAUUGGAGGAAAAACGUGUUGGCUUUUCUCUUGACGUGGGAGAAAUUGAAAAGAAGGGGAAGGGGAAGAAAAGAAGGGGAAGAAGAUCCAAGAAGAAAAGAAGAAGGGGAAGAAAAGAAGGGGAAGAAGAUCAAAACCCACCAUGCCCCAGGCUCAACGGCAUGCUGAUGGAAGUGGAAGAGCCUGAAGUCUUACAGGACUCACUGGAUAGAUGUUAUUCGACUCCGUCAAUGUACUUUGAGCUACCUGACUCAUUCCAGCACUACAGAAGUGUGUUUUACUCAUUUGAGGAACAGCACAUCAGCUUCGCCCUUUACGUGGACAAUAGGUUUUUUACUUUGACGGCAUUAAUGGAUCUAUCCUUUUUCUUUUCUAACCACUUCCUUAUGUUACUUCUGAAAUCUAGUGGGGCUCUGUGGUGUCUGAUUUUCCCUGGCUGCUUCUUUAGUUUUGUCUCCUUUUCCAGGCUCAACGGCAUGCUGAUGGAAGUGGAAGAGCCUGAAGUCUUACAGGACUCACUGGAUAGAUGUUAUUCAACUCCUUCAGGUUGUCUUGAACUGACUGACUCAUGCCAGCCCUACAGAAGUGCCUUUUACGUAUUGGAGCAACAGCGUGUUGGCUUGGCUGUUGACAUGGAUGGAAUUGAAAAGUACCAAGAAGUGGAAGAAGACCAAGACCCAUCAUGCCCCAGGCUCAGCAGGGAGCUGCUGGAUGAGAAAGGGCCUGAAGUGUUGCAGGACUCACUGGAUAGAUGUUAUUCGACUCCUUCAGGUUAUCUUGAAUUGCCUGACUUAGGCCAGCCCUACAGCAGUGCUGUUUACUCAUUGGAGGAACAGUACCUUGGCUUGGCUCUUGACGUGGACAGAAUUAAAAAGAACCAAGAAGAGGAAGAAGACCAAGGCCCACCAUGCCCCAGGCUCAGCAGGGAGCUGCUGGAGGUAGUAGAGCCUGAAGUCUUGCAGGACUCACUGGAUAGAUGUUAUUCAACUCCUUCCAGUUGUCUUGAACAGCCUGACUCCUGCCAGGCCUAUGGAAGUUCGUUUUAUGCAUUGGAGGAAAAACGUGUUGGCUUUUCUCUUGACGUGGGAGAAAUUGAAAAGAAGGGGAAGGGGAAGAAAAGAAGGGGAAGAAGAUCAAACCCACCAUGCCCCAGGCUCAACGGCAUGCUGAUGGAAGUGGAAGAGCCUGAAGUCUUACAGGACUCACUGGAUAGAUGUUAUUCGACUCCGUCAAUGUACUUUGAGCUACCUGACUCAUUCCAGCACUACAGAAGUGUGUUUUACUCAUUUGAGGAACAGCACAUCAGCUUCGCCCUUUACGUGGACAAUAGGUUUUUUACUUUGACGGUGACAAGUCUCCACCUGGUGUUCCAGAUGGAAGUCAUAUUCCCACAAUAAACAGCCCUUACUAAGC